UACGAAAUUGCAGCGUACCGAGCGCUGUACGAUCCUAGUUUUACUGAUUUGUCCAGUGUUUGCCACUUGUGACUUUUUAUGCUGUAGCUCGCAUUCAUUCGGCGUUUUAUCACCAUGUCGGUGGCUUUUGCACCUCAUAGACAACGAAAGGGCGAUAUAACGCCCGCCGGAAUACAAAAGUUGCUUGAUGAAAACAACCAGCUGAUCCAAUGCAUAAUGGACUUCCAGAGUAAAGGCAAAACAGCAGAAUGUUCACAUUAUCAGCAGAUGUUGCACAGAAAUCUAGUGUAUCUGGCCACGAUAGCAGACUCCAAUCAGAACGUACAGUCUCUCCUCCCUGCUCCACCCACUCAAAAUAUGCCGAUGGGCCCCGGUGGCAUGAACCAAAGCGGACCCUCUCCUCAGCCCCCUCACGGUCACAACAUGCCCUCUGAGGGUAUGGUAAGCGGCGGCCCUCCAGCCCCCCAUAUGCAGAAUCAGAUGAAUGGCCAGAUGCCUGGGCCUAAUCAUAUGCCCAUGCAAGGUCCUGGUCCAGGUCCCAACCAGCCUCCAAACAUGCCCAGUGGCUCUAUGAAUAUGCCCCCCAGCAGCCAUGGCUCUAUGGGCGUUUACAAUCACGCAGUCCCCUCUUCGCAGGGCAUGCCUGCACAGAGCCAGAUGAACAUGACCCAGGGUCAAGCUAUGGGAAGCUACGGGCCUCGACCGAAUAUGAACAUGCAACCUAGUCAAGGUCCCAUGAUGCAUCAGCAGCCUCCAUCACAGCAGUACAACAUGCCUCCCGGUGGUGGUGGACAACACUACCAAGGACAACAGAACCCAAUGGGUAUGAUGGGCCAGGUCAGUCAAGGGAACCACGUCAUGGGACAGAGGCCGAUGCCCCCCUACAGGCCCCCGCAGCAAGGACCUCCCCAGCAGUACCCAGGGCAGGAAGACUACUAUGGGGACCAGUACAGUCACGCAGGACAGGGAGCCUCAGAAGGUCCUUCCCAAAGUGGACCAGGACAGUAUCCCAACUACCCUCAGAGUCAGGGGCAGCAGUAUGGGGGUUAUCGUCCCCCUCAGCCCGGACCUCCACAGGGCCAGCAGCAGCGCCCAUACGGUUAUGACCAGGGCCAGUAUGGAAAUUACCAGCAAUGAGAAAUGGUCACAGUUUACCCACACAACUCCUCUGAUCUUUGAGUUUUAUCCUCUGGUCAACUGCUAAGCAGACUAUAUUGAUGGUUUCAGCUCAGAUCCUCCCGGACACAAACACAUUUAUGAAUAAAAGAUCUGUUUUCCACUCUUUUUGUCCUCUCUACUAAAAUAUAAACCUGUUAAUGGUGCACAUUGGCACGGGGAUGGUAAAGUCAGUGACCUUGCUCCAGUGUUUCAAAGUGGCAAUGCCUUAAAGAAAUUGGAACUGCCUUAUCCUUUAGCAUUGCAGAGUGAGGAAGGUGAUGACAAAGAUUUCUGACAAGAAAACUCAAAUUUUCAGCGUGCAUCGGUUCCCUGGCCUUCAACUCUGUAAUCAAACAAAGCAAUAAUGCCUGCAGUAGGGACUUGUUCUGGGACUUGAAGAUAAAAUGAUGCAGAUGCAGCAGGUGAACUUCCAGCUAGGCCAAUGGUACAUGUCUCGAUGUAUGUGAUACUGUAAAAAAAAAAAAGCUGUUAUUUUGUGCUUUUUAGAUCGAGCUAACUUUGUAUAAGAGGUUGAAAACUAGUACUAAGCCUGUGUUUUUUAUUUUAUUAAGCUUAUGUGUCUUUUUUUUUUUUAUGCUCCUUAACGGCAGUGAAUCCCAUACAUUUUUGUUCUUUGUUGUUGGAAUGUAUGUCUAAUAAAUUAGGUCUGCUACAUAUGUGACAUGAACUCUGUAUAAAUGGAUAUUUUAUUAAAAAUGCACAAAAUUUCUUUAAAAAAAAUAUGGGCAGCAUAAAACAACCCAUAAAAGUGUUAAGUGUGUUUUCUUCUUUUUUUUCUUUUCCAACCGUAGCACCUGACAAAAAUAAGGCCGCCUUUUUAAACAGCUGUCAGAGAGAUAACUGUCUGUAGCAGAUUGCAAGUUAAUCUGCUAUAUUUUUUCUUUUUCUGAAGGCAUAAACUUGUUUGCAACAUGGUAAAUGGAAAAGCCCAUCACAAUUAGGUUUAUAAAAUCAUUUCUGUUUUUAUCCCUACAAGCGGUGUUAGUCUGUUAGCUGACAAUGCUGGACUCAUGACGUUCCCUUAGAAGAGACGUCUGAGUUGAUGUCAUCCAAGUGAUGUUUUGUGUGAAAUGAAUAUUGUUACUGUCAAAUAUGUAACAUAAUAUGUGAAAAUAUGUUCUGAAGUGGAUUCCUUGAACACAGCAAAGACUGGUUGUGCAGUUUUAUAUCACUGGCUUGAUAUCUGUAUUAUGGUGCAUAUUUUAUUGAUCCUGUAUGUACAGCAGCGUAAAGACGAGGAACUGACUGUCCUCUGUAUUGUUUAUAUGGCUGUUUUAAUAUUUUUCAUUCUGCACCCCAUUCAAGUGGAGGUCACAUAAUGUGUCUUGGCAAUGUGAACUGUACAUUCGAAUAAAUUAGAAGAAUCU